AUGGCCCAUGAUUUAAUAUUUUCCGACGCCCCAACCCGCGAGCAACGUAAACAUCAAGCUCGUGAAUUUGAUUUGCUUGGGAGCGAAGAUCCGGCAGAAAGCAACCCAGCAGCAGCUCGCAUUGUUCUCGCAUUGCUCGCGCCUGAUGUCUCUGAGACCGUUCUUCAACAGCAGUUAGAUCGUCGAAUCCUGCGCGCUCUCGCUAGUGGCCGCCAUGCCUCGCGCCUCGGAUUCAGCUUAGUACUCACCAAUCUCCUCAAAGCGCUCUUUGGAGAAGCAAAUCUUGCUCAGACUAGAUUUCCUAACCUCGGUUUUGGUGAAGUCCUUCAGUUACUUACCAAGAACACCAAAGCCAGCGGCGGCAGCAUUUCUGGGCAGGAAGAGAGGGACAUCUUGUUUGGCCGCCUGUUCGGACUCUACGCUUUCAUCGAAUCUGGAAUUUUGUUCGCCAAUGUCACGAGAUGGCAUCUGGUCCUCAAGCUCAUUCUGGACCUGUCUGGCAAAAAGCCGUGGAUGCAGCCGUUGUGCGGGCAUCACAUCCUCGCCGCCUUGAAACAGAUGAACUCGAAGCAAGCACUGGAUACAUUGAGUAAACUCGAUGAAGCGAAUGUAGCAAAGACACCGGAAGGAGUCGCGGUCUGGAUCUUUGCGCAGACUAGAUUCCCCGGUCUCAAGGUCAAGUAUUGGCAGGUACCCUUUGACAAGACCGCGAUUGGUGACCUCGUUGCGAUUCUCCGAGAAAGCUUAAAGGAUUCUGGCCUGGACGACAUAGAACCUAGUCAGCAGAUCAAGCUUGCUGGCUGGAAUCCUAUACUGCACCCGGCCUGGAGUGUCAUUCUGGAGUACUUUGUCAAUGCGGGAGAAAGUGGACUCGAAGUGUUUAAGCGCUUCUGGACUCGUGUCGUAGAUGACUCACUUUUCUCGCAACGUGCUACGGAUGGCCAGAAAUUCAGAGGGUUUCUGGUGUUCCAAAAGAUGCUCCAGGGCUUUAUUGAUCUUGGUGAUCACAUUGAAACUCUCUUCAGCAAAAACUUUAUGUCCUGCCUCAUGAACCAAGUUUCACGAAGGGAGAGAUAUUUGUACAGAGCAGCGACCAAGACUCUUACAGUGAUCGAGUCGACGACCUCAAAUCACAAACAGACACUUAUUCCCAUUCUCAAGUGCCUCCUAGGCAAGAAUGGAGUCUAUAACUUUGACGAAAGAACGAAUACCAAGACUAUACACAAGCUUUUGAAGAACACAUCUGAAUCCACUGGCAAAACCAUAAGCAAGAUCAUCCGAAAACCCCUCGACACAAUUGCUCAGGUAGGCAAGGGUGAGGCUUCGGCCAUACUCCGAGCCCACGUUCGUUAUCUGUCAGAAGUUGGUAGUAUGUGCAGCUCACCUGAGAACGUGUCGUUCCCAGAGAAAACAUUCUCUAGCGUCUCACUAGAGCUCGCCCGACUGGCAUACUACCAAACCACAAGCAUUCCCGCAGAGAUCCUAACAGAGAGUGUUCGCGAGAUGUACCGGACUUCUCUUGCAUCAGUGUUGGCCAAGGCCAGUGGGAGAAUAGAGAGUUGCGAUUCGGUAUGCCAUGUCGUAUCUUCCUUGGAUAUCGGCUCGAUGGUUUUGUCCGAAGAGCUUGAAACGGCUGUCCAGCAGGCGCUAUCAAGGAUGGAGAUGCUGCGCAAUCAUAGCAAGUCAGACGACACGAACAAAGGCCUAUUUGGAAGUAUCGCCUUGCUGCAUGCCGUAGCUGUCUUGCGGGUGUAUAAUGCGGAGCCUGAUGCUAUGGAAGACCUCGAGUUACUUAGUCAACAUUCUGGUGAUUGGAAGGAGGGCAAAUUCGCAAAUGGCGAUGGCGAUACAUCGGUGGCUCUCAUCGAAAUGUUGUUGUCAAUGGUCGUGCAGCCUUCAUCUCUGAUGAGGCAAGUUACGCAGCAAGUAUUUGGGGCCUUCACACCACACAUCUCUGCUGCAGGUUUGGAGCUCUUGACCGGACCCCUCACAUCUGGCGAGAAUACCAAAGGUCAAAAGGAACUGUUCAGCAAUGGGGACGAUGAGAUGGAGGUCGAUGAGGAUGAGGACGAAGAAGGAACAGAUGAUGAUGAGGAGUAUGACUCGGAUAUCGAGAUUGCUUCUGAUGUCGAGUUCAUUGAUAUCAAGGAGGUAAACGAUGAAAGUGGGGAAGAAGAAGAAGACGAUGACGAUGACGACGACAACGACGGACCAAAAAGCAAAGGCGAAUUCGACAGACCCGAGGAUUUGGACAACGAACUCGAGAAGAUCCUCAACAGUCAUCGACUCGAUAAGGACGUUGAUGCCGCGUCAUCAGAGUCCGAGGGCGAUAUGUCUGACUCUGAAAUGUUCGCCAUCGACGAGCAGCUCGCAGCAACUAUCAAGCCACGCAUUCAAGACCCCUCGAACAGCUCCAAGAAGCUAAAGAAGAAGGCCAAGCAAUCGGUUCUCAAUUUCAAGAACCGGAUUCUUGAUUUGCUCGACAUCUACGUUCGCAAUGAGCGCUGCAACGCUCUGUCAUUUUCUCUCCUCCUACCCCUGCUUGAUUGUAUGCGCACAACCAGCACCAAAUCCCUAGCUGACCGUGCGAGCAAGGUCAUCUCUAACUACCGAAAGCAUCAGAAAAAGGCCAUCUCUAACUUCCGAAAGAGCCAGAGACAGGGACAGGCCACCAGUGACGUCCAAGAGGUUCAGAUUCUCGAACCUGAUGACAUGCUAGACUUGUUACGCGAGAUCCAUAAGGCAGCCGGUCAGAACGACUCACACGCUUACGCAAAAGCGGCCAGUUCAGCGAGUCUCAUCGUGGUGUCGGCCCUCUUCGCUGCGGACAAGGCCAAAAUGGAGGACGUUGUUGUUAUUUAUGCCAAAACACAAGCGAGCUGUUUUUCCCAGAAAACCAGGUUGCAGUCCUCUUUCCUCGAUGAGUGGCAAGACUGGUACCGAAAUGCACUGCAACAAGCUCGGAUCUGA